AUGUUGGGACAUUAUUACACAGCACCAUCUAGUUCCAUGGGGCUGCUACAGCCAUACUAUUCGCUAUUCGUCGGUAGAAAUCAAGAAAAGUUACAAAAUGUGCUCAAAAAGUGUGACGCAAGUGGUAGCAAAAAUUUAGUUAUAUCUGCAGAUAUAACAAAAGAAAAUGAUGGAAAAAGAAUAAUCGAAGAAACUAUCGAUAAAUUCGGAAAACUCGAUGUCCUUAUCAAUAAUGCUGGUAUUAUUAGUUUUGUUUGUGUCGCCGAAGAAAAUGUUAUGGAAGUUUAUGAUUCAACAAUAAAUACUAACUUGCGAGCACAUGUAUACUUAACCCAUUUGGCUAUUCCUUACUUGAUUAAAACUAAAGGAAACAUAAUUUACAUAUCCAGUGUAGCAGCUACCUUGCCACCUGUCGCGCCAAAUUUAACUAUUUACGGCGUUUCUAAAGCUGCUCUUAAUCAAUUCGCUAAAGGCGUUGCAGCAGAAUUGGCUCCUCAAGGUGUUAGAGCAAAUAUAGUUAGCCCUGGUCCUGUAAAAACUGACAUCAUGAAUAAUGCUGGAGUGGAUAUAGAGUUAGAUGAAACCAACUUUAAGACUCCACUAGGGAGGAUAUCAGAUCCUGAGGAAAUUGCCGAUCUCAUUGUAUAUCUUGUAAGUGAGAAAGCCAAAGCCAUUACGGGAUCUGAAUAUGUAUGUGACAAUGGAUUUAAACUAAAAUUU